GUAAGAGAUACAUCUUUGCGAAUUUUGUGCUACUUUUGAGUGCAAUAAUUUCUUUUGUAAUUGGUCACAACAUAAAAGGAGAUUUUGUUAAAUAUGGCUCGUUGCUGAAUCUUCAAGAUGUCUUAAAUUUAAAAAUUUUCUAUUUAUUUUUUGUUUCUGGAACAGCAAUUGUCUUUAUUUUUGGUGUCAAUUGCUAUUUUAUCGUUACAAAAAAUCUUAAACAAUUAUUUCAAUUUUACGUUGAAUUUCAGUUUAUGACAUGUUGCUUUGCGUUAAUAGCUCUUGAGUUAGCUGCAGGUUUAAUUGGAAUUAUUUCAAGUGCAAAAACUGAUGAAAUUGUAAAUUUGAACUGGACGUUAAAUGAGUAUUUUGGAAAUCAGGAAGUUCGUGACGCAUGGGAUUCAAUUCAAAGCAAAUUCGAAUGCUGUGGAAUAAAUUCUCCCAACGACUGGCUUAACUUUAAUAAUGAAGAAAAAUUUCCAACAUCUUGUUGUCCUCGAGAAUUUUCAUGUAACUUUGAAAACGCUUACCAAAAAGGAUGUUCAACUGAUUUUACAAACUUCAUAAAAAACCUUUGCUUAACUUUUGGAAUCACGGGACAUUUGUUGUGCAUUUUUCACUUUCUCGUGUUUUGUUACUCAAUUUUUUGCUUCUUCAAACUUGCAAAAAAAUUAUCUGUUAAUGAAAAUUUUAACGAAUAA